AUGUCAUCCUCUUCGUCCCAACUGCUCCCCAAAGUCAUUGUCCAAGUUGGUCCUAACCAACUCAUUCCUCUCGAUAUGCAUUCUCUCUUCAGUUCUUCCUCCAUCUCCCCGAAACAAGUCACCUUCAUUGAUUUAUUAGAUGCUUUGCAAGAAAGGUUAGAAAUCAUUCUACCGGCCAAGUCUUCCGAAAGCGCCAUUUCCAAAAUAUUUGCACAAUCCGAUUAUCAAUCCAUUCUUUCACAACCCUCUCUCGAAACUGAACAACAAGUUCUUCUCAUGUUAUGGAGUGUGAAAACUAAAACUUCUCUUCGAAAAAACUUUUUGAGUGGAAUGGUUGAACGAUCGAGUGCUGCAUUGAGAAGAAAAAUUGAGGGAACCAAGGAAAGUAGUUCGUCGUUGACGGGAGAGUCCUCUCCGCAUCAUGCGUCUUCGAUGAGUGAUUCAUUGGAACAGGGAAUCGUAGCAUCUUCCACUCCCGAAGGUAAAAUUAAGAAGAAAUUAUUGAAAAUGAAUGAAACUGUAUAUAGUCACAGUGGAGAAUGUGUCAAUUUCAAGUUGUUGUCACAAGUGACACCAUCGCUCACUCAUUCUUUACCCGAAGAAGUCCUCAACGAUGAAAGUGAUUUCCUCUAUUUGGAAUUACAUCCCUCCAUGGAUCUAUCUCGAGUCACUGUGUUAAAUAAUUCCCUUAGUUCUACUUGUCUCAAUGAAACUUUAUUCAAUAUGGAACAUUAUUACACUCAAUUUUCUGCAUCCACUAUAUCACAAGCAACCUCAUGCUCCAAUACAACACUCGAAUCUGAAACUCAAAUUCCAUCUCAAUUGAUUCAUGUCGGAGAUUUAUUAAAUGAAGAAUUAUUGAAACCUGUGAAAAUUCCAUACCUAUUGAGAGUUUGUAUCAAAUACGUUCGAGAUCAUGGAGGUUUGAAAACUCAAGGAAUAUUUAGAGAAGCUGGAUCGAAAAGAAAGUUAUUAGAACUUUCAAAAUUGUUUAACUCAUUUAUGGCAUUUCCUCAAAUGUUUGUAAAUAAGAGUAUUGAUAUUCCGACACAUUUUGGAGUCAUGAUAGCAGCAGAUAUGAUCAAGACCUAUCUUCGAGGAUUGCCAGAUUGUUUGUUGACCUUUGACAAGUAUGACACACUUAUUGAAUUAUUUUCAAUUAAGGAUCAUGAUGAACAAUACUUGUUAGAAAAAACAAAAUUAAUUUUAUUAGACUUGCCAGAAGUGAAUAGAGCUGUAUUGGAUGAAUUGAUGUCUCUCUGUCAUGACAUUUGUUGUGUUGAAGAAAAUGUGACACUCAACAAGAUGUCUCCAAGAAAUAUGGCCAUUGUCAUUGGACCCAAUUUACUCUUUGUUCCAACUGUGAAUAAUUCUGAUCGUGUUCACAUGGAUAGUUUCAAGAGACUUUCUAUUCGAUCUGAAAUUAAGAGACAACAAGAAACCAUUUCAGUCGUGUGUGAUGUUUGUCAAUUCCUGAUCGAACAUCAAGAAGAUCUCUUUAGAAAAUCAACAAUCCUCUCGAAUUAUCCACAGAAUGAAAAAGAAUUGAAUAGUGUCAGUUGUGAAGAUCAAGCUUCCGAUCAGUGCAACCACAAACCUUCAGUUCAAGAAAACGGUGGGCUUACUCAUAGAGGUGCCAAUAAUCAUUCCACAAACACAGCAACCCCAACAGUCAAUGAACUCUUGAAAGCACUUCAAGAAAAAGAUCACACCAUUUCUCAAAUGAAAAAAGAAACCUUCUUGGAAUUACAAAAACAGAAAAUGAUCAAACAAUUGCAAUCUGAAAAUACAUUGCUGAGUCGAGAGAACAAACAAGUCUCAAAAUCGUUGGAAGAAACUCGAAAGGAAUUACAAUUUUUGAAAGCUCAUAUCGAACAAUUGACCUUGAAUGGUGUAACUGCAAUCCAUCAUGAUGAUAAUAACAUUCCAACCAUUACCACUACUGCUCCAACUCCAACCACGGCAAGAUCAAUUCCAGAAAAGGAAAUUGAAAGAGCUUCCACAUUUGAAACCGUGACUAGCAUUAUGUUUACACUAGCCAUUAUUUCCCUAUCUGUAUGGAUCUAUUCCAACUCUGUGUUUGAGCAUUAA